GCCUGCGCCCCGCCCGGAGCCGGAGGGAAACGGCGGGAGCAGCGCGGUGACUGCCGGCGCCGAACCGGGCCUCCCCCGCUGCCCGCCAUGUCACGCUUCUUCCAGGCGCUUCGCCGCGCCGCCGGCGCCCGGGCAGGGGGUCCGGGCGUGGAGGAGGCGGACGUUUACCGGUGGGGUCUGACAGGCAUUAAGCUUCGUCCCUAUCAAAUAGAAGGUGUAAACUGGCUGGUGAGAUGCUACGAAAUCCAGCAUGGCUGUAUCCUGGGUGAUGAGAUGGGUCUUGGGAAGACUUGUCAGACUAUUUCUCUACUUCUUUAUUUGACAAAAAAAUUGGCGAACAAAGAGAAAUUUCUGAUACUUUGUCCACUGUCUGUUCUGAGCAACUGGAAGGAGGAACUGGAGAGAUUUGCUCCAGGUCUUUCCUUUGUGACAUACAUAGGCAGCAAGGAGGAACGACCCAAACUGCAGAAGAACCUGAAAGAGCAAUCUCACUUCGGUGUGCUCUUGACAACAUAUGAGAUUUGCCUGAAAGAUGCAGCAUUUCUAAAACCCUUUAACUGGGCUGCCUUGAUUGUAGAUGAAGCUCACAGACUGAAAAAUCAAAGUUCUCUGCUUUACAAGACACUUUCUGAGUUCUCAGUGGGCUUCAGCCUGCUACUCACAGGCACGCCAAUCCAGAACAGCCUCCAGGAACUGUACUCCUUACUCAGCCUUAUUGAGCCUGACAUCUUUCCUAGGGAACAAGGGAAAGAGUUUGUUGAGUAUUACCAAAUGAUUGAAAAGGAGAGUGAGCCAGCCAAAGAAUUGCACAAUCUUCUGCAGCCAUUUUUGCUUCGAAGAGUCAAGUCGGAGGUGGCUGCAGAGCUGCCAAAGAAGGUGGAAGUGGUUCUGUACCAUGGAAUGUCAGCUCUGCAAAGGAAGUACUACAAAGCCAUUUUGAUGAAAGAUCUAGAUGCAUUUGAAAGUGAAACAGGAAGGAAGGUUACACUUCAGAAUGUCUUAAUUCAGCUUCGGAAGUGUGUUGCCCACCCAUACCUUUUCAAUGGUGUUGAGCCAGAACCCUUUGAGAUUGGAGAUCAUAUUGUUGAAGCCAGUGGCAAGCUGUGUUUGUUGGAUAAACUCCUUUCAUUCUUGUGUGCUGGUGGCCACCGUGUCUUGCUCUUCUCUCAAAUGACUCAACUGCUUGAUAUCCUGCAAGACUACCUGGACUACAGAGGCUACAGCUACGAGCGGCUGGAUGGUUCUGUCAGGGGAGAAGAGAGACACCUUGCCAUUAAGAACUUUGGUCAACAGCCCAUCUUUAUCUUCCUGCUGAGCACCAGAGCAGGUGGAGUUGGCAUGAACCUGACAGCAGCGGAUACAGUUAUUUUUACUGAUAGUGAUUUUAACCCACAAAAUGACUUGCAAGCAAUAGCAAGAGCUCACCGGAUUGGGCAGCACAAGCCUGUAAAAAUUAUCCGCCUGAUCGGACGAGAUACAAUUGAAGAAAUAAUCUACCGAAGAGCUGCUUCUAAGCUCCGGCUGACAAACGCCAUUGUAGAAGGGGGUCAGUUUGCUCUGGGAGCGCCCAAGCCUCAGGGAGCAGCAGAGUUACAGCUGAGUGAAAUCUUGAAAUUUGGCUUGGAUAAAUUGCUGUCCUCUGAGGGGAGUACUAUACAGGAUGUGGAGCUAGAAAACAUCCUUGGAGAUACAAAAGGAGGGAAGUGGGUAAUGGAUGUUGUGCUGCCACGCGAAGAAGAGUAUGAAGAGGAGGAUACAGAGAAUCACAUGUACGUGUACGAAGGCAAAGAUUAUUCAAAAGAACCCAGCAGAGAAGACAAAAAAGCAUUUGAUCAGCUUUUGGAUCUUCAGAAAGCCUUGACUGAAGAGACCAGUAAGGAAGGGAGAGCUCUCCGGAACAAAGCAAAUGCCCUUCUCACAGGCCUCCGGGAACAGUCAACCAGGAGGAAACACUUGUUGAGUGCAGAGGAGCUGGAGGCUAGGAGGAGGAAGCGCCAAGAAGCAGCAGCAAAGAGAGCAAGGCUCAUUGAGGAAAAGAAGGCCGCAAAAAUGGAGGCAGAGCACAAGAAAAAGAUGGCCUGGUGGGAGGCAAAUCAUUACACAUCUACCUGCCUUCCCUCAGAGGGAAGUGGCUCUGAGGAAGAGUUUGAGGAGGAUGAGGCUGGGCUGAAUGGGGAUUUAUAUUAUGAAGAGGCAGACCUGAACUCUAUCAAGUACGUCAUGGGAGAUGUCACCCACCCCAAGGCAGAAGAGGAGGAUGCCAUCAUUGUCCACUGCCUAGAUGACUCCGGCCGCUGGGGAAAGGGUGGUUUAUUUACAGCUCUGGAGGCUCGUUCUGAUCAGCCAAGGAAAAUAUAUGAGAUGGCAGGAAAGAUGAAAGACCUGGAGUUAGGAGGAACCCUGUUAUUCCCCAUUGAUGAUAAAAUAUCCAGGAAAAAAGGACAAGACUUGUUGGCCUUGGUUGUAGCUCAGCACCGGGAUCGGUCCAACAACUUGUCUGGCAUUAAGCUGUCUGCUUUGGAAAAGGGCCUGAAGAAGAUUUAUUUAGCAGCCAAGAAAAGGAAUGCAACAGUGCAUCUUCCACGCAUUGGGUAUGCAACAAAAGGUUUCAACUGGUAUGGUACCGAGCGGCUCAUCCGAAAAUACUUGGCAGCACGGGGCAUCCCCACUCUUAUAUACUACUUCCCUAGGAAUAAAGGCUCCUCCUUUGCUUCACAAGCAUAUUCAUCUUCAGUGACAGUCUCAAAACCGUGACGAUGCAGUAAUUUCAUUGAGAAACGUGCAAAAAGCUAAGGACCUUUCAGGCAAGGAUCACAUAGACAGUCUGUAUGCAUCCACUUCGGAAACAUGGCUUGCACAGCCAUUUUUCACUCCUGUAUCUCUCUGCCUUUAUUGGCCAGAAUAUUUUCAUAUUGUCAGUGGCCCUGGAGAGGAGUAAGACUUCUUCAGAGUUCAAAGAGUCUUUGGAUAAGGACAUUGGCUCAGUCCCAGACCUGUUUUGGAGAUGGAAAAUCAAACUUUCAUUGAUGGUCAAUUGUUAUCCCUUACAUGAAGUUAUUGCUAGGAAUUGUUUGGCCCUCCCUUUUUCUCUCUUCAAAUUUUAUCCCUUGUCUCACGAUGCCUCUUUUCAGUCAGCUUUUUAGUUGUUACCUGGGACUCUGUGUACAUUCCUAUAUAUAGACGUCUCAGUGGAAAGGAAGGUGUCAGCUGCAUGACAACCACAUAGUAUAAACUGCUUAUACUGUUCCAGUUCCCCUGAAGUCCAUUAGACUUGCAUUUGGUCAAAUAUAAAGUUUAGCCACAUAAUCAUGUGCUUAUAAUCUAUCAAAAUCCUGACCAGUAUUCUUGGCAAAGGUGUGCCAGGCUGCCAAAAUUUGAGACUGGCUUUAUAAAUGACACCUUUCCUUCUCACACAACUGCUUUUUCAUUACAUAGUUCUUUGUUGCAGCUAUUGGGCAAAACCAGUUCCUUACUGCUGUCCAGAAGGCUGUAUGAAAGGUUCCAUGACCCUUUGAUUGACUUUAAGGAAAUCUUAAUGCAGAGUUUUUAAUGUCGGUUUUACUCUAUUGCAACAGAACUUUCUUGGUUUUUUGCAUUGUUGGCACUGUUGGCUUUAGCAUAUUUUGCAGUUGUUUUUUUUUAGCGCAACCAGGCAAUAGUAGCUCCCCUAAUAAGUGUUUUGACCGGACAGACUGUGAGGUGCCAAACUUAAUUCAAUUUAAAGUUCAGUUUUCAAUAGGAAAUCACCCCACAAGCAGUGGAAAGUAUGUCUUUACAUAUCUAAUUGCCAACACACAUUUUAUUGGCUGCAUUUACACUGCCUCUGUAGCACCAUCUGGUUACUUGGUAAGUUCAGGCCUAAUUCUGACAUGGUUCAUCACACUGACUGAUGUGCUUCACAAGAGAAGAAGCCUUCCUGAGCUGGAUACUCUGUCAUAUACUCUGAGCUCUGCCAGAAAACCCCAAGUGAUUUGUUACCUCCUUUGACCCUGCUGAAGCUUAGUUAAGCUAGUGCUGCAUAGCACCUCUGUGGGUAAGACCUUUCUUACAAAGGGGCUGUUCCUGCGAGCUGCUGCAUUUGUAUUAGGAUCAGAGUCUGACUGCGAAGACGUUUUCAGGUGAAAGGUGGUGAGUAGAUGUGCACUACCUUGUUUUCCCUGUCGUGCAAACUGGCAGUCUUCCAGCAGGCCGGCUGGUGGCACUGUUAAUCAGCUGCAGCAGCACAUAUUGCUCCUCGGCCGCCUUUCAGAGAGCAGGGCAGUGAUCUCCAGCCUGGAAAAACGCCCCGUCUUAGCCAGAAUUAAAAGACUAAUUAUGCUUUUCUCUUUGCCAGCUUGACCGAACACAUAAUUUCAGUCUGCAGACUCAUGGUUCUGUUCCUCCACCUAUUCUUUUCCUGUGUAUUUAUUGCCCUUCUUUAAAAGGUUUCAUUCCCAAGUGUUCCAGUGUGUGCAGUCUUGUUCCUUAGCUUCACAAACACCUCUGUGGCCAAAUCCCAGCCCACCUAUGGGUUCUCUGGCCAGCAUGCAGUUGCACAUGGACAAGGUUUGUCUUGUGGCCAAGUCCCCCAGAAUAGGUUGAAGUAGUGCAUCUACCACCACUAUGGCCAGGUAUUCCUAUCUGAGGCCUCCUGCUUUCCUUUGUUUCUACAAGAAGACGGGACCCUGCCUCUGUCCUGUGCCCCACACCCUGCCAUAACUCGGACUAGAGUUAUAAAUGAGAGGAAGGCGUGACUACCUGCCUGUCAAUGUCCCUUACCCUCUAAGGCCCCUUGCAGAGGGCUGCAAGGUUCCUGGCUCACACAGAGAAAAAGUCAUGGUAUGCAAUAGAUUCUAGCCCUCUUAGGGGCAAGUCAGACAAAAGGUGUUCUCUUUUCCCCUUCUAGCCCUCUUGGCCCGCACAGAUGAAAUCUACCUUAUUUUUUUCCCUUUAAGUUUACUUAGGAAAUGCUUCUGGAGUGUGGGGGUUUUGUUGCUUCUUUUUCUUUUUUAAACAAUAUUCUUUAAUAUACUUUAAAUCUGCUGAACCCAAAGAAAAGUCCUACCUCUAUCUGCUUUGAAUUGGAAGUGAGAUUUCAGCUGAAUCCUCAACUGGGUUUUGCAGAUUCCCAGCCAAGUGAAGUUUUUCUAGUGUUUGCUAGCCCCCACCAUUUCUCUUUAUUUGGGCAGAAAUCAUGUAUUUUGGAUAAUUAAUUCCAUAAAGGGCUCAGUAACUUUUAUGCAAGUUGCUAUGCAAAAUAAAUGUGUCAUGCUGUUUCUUCA